AUGGAGAGUGCGCUUAUAAAUGCCGUUUUUGCUAUUGGUAUAAUGUGCCUGGCAAAUCUAUCUCCCCACCAUUUGGUCUGCUCAAAGAUCGAUGACAGCACAAUGGUCGACCCGGUGAGAUUUGUGAAUUAUGAGGACAUGUUGAAAGUCAUUCACGAACCCGAGAAAGUGAUUAUUGAUGUGCGCAAUCCGGAUGAAAUUGAAUCAACUGGCAAAAUUCCUUCCAGUAUAAAUAUACCUUUAAACACUGUAUCCGACACUCUUGCGUCGAUGCCUGACGAUGAAUUCCUGAAACAGUACCAACGAGCAAAGCCAUCAGCAUCUGACGAGUUAAUAUUCUACUGCAAAUCCGGAAGACGUUCGCAAGAAGCCCUUGACAAAGCAUUAAAACUGGGAUUUUCAAAUUCCAAGUCAUACUUAGGAAGUUGGGAGGACUGGUCAAGCAAACAGAAGUAA